AUUUCAGCGAUGAUUCCUCAGGGCGUCGGAGCACCACCAACUCCACGGAUGGAUGCGAAGAGGCGGAAACUGAUGUGCAUCAAGGUUCGUAUGCUGGACGACACCGUUGGCGUAUUCCAUCUGGGACACCGAGCGUUGGGGAAGUCGUUAUUCGAUGAAGUAUGUCGUCAUCUGAACCUUCUUGAAUGCGAUUAUUUCGGCCUCGAAUUUCGUGACUUUAUGGGAGAGAGGUGUUGGCUGGAAAAGGAAAAGUCGAUUCUGAAGCAGAUCACAAAUGCCAAGUCUGACGCCAGGUUCUACUUCCUUGUCAAGUUCUGUCCAGCAUGCCCCGCUGAUCUAGAAGAGGAAUAUACGCGUUACUUGUUUGCUCUACAAAUAAAGAGGGAUCUAGCCAACGGUCUGUUUAUUUGUAACGAAAAUACGGCUGCUCUAAUGGCCUCCUAUAUCGUACAGUCAGAAUGCGGCGAUUAUUCUCCUGAGGACUAUCCGGAUCAUUCGUAUUUGUCGUCCGGCAGAUUUAUUCCGAACCAGUCGGCAGAAUUCGAACGCAAAGUGAUGGAAAAUCACAAAAAACUCAUAGGAAUGAUGCCUUCUGACAGUGACAUCGCGUUGUUGGAGACCGCCCGCCGUUGUGAAUUCUAUGGCGUUCGAUUUCAUCUAGCGAAAGAUAUUGAAGGUACGCCAGUCUCGCUGACUGUGUUGCACUUAGGCAUCAAGGUGUAUCACCAGUUAACAUGCGCCAAUACGUUUUCGUGGGCGAAGAUACGCAAGCUUAGUUUCAAGCGGAAAAAGUUUUUCAUCAAGCUACACCCGGAGAGUUAUGCUUAUUACAAAGAUACGAUCGAGUUCGUGCUGGAGUCCAGGAAUGAGUGCAAGAAUCUUUGGAAAAAGUGCGUCGAGCAUCACGCGUUUUUUCGUUGCACAGAAGUUAACCUGCCGAAACAGCAUGCAAAGCUUUUUACUCGGGGAUCCUCUUUUAGGUAUCACAUGUUCUGCAGUUGUUACAUUGAAUACUUUGUUCUUGGUGUUGACAGCAGCGCCUUACUACCCGCGAGUGCACGGAUAAAAUGA